AUGCCAAAAUUAGAUAGGAAUAUGUUUUACAACUGUAAACAAGUUCCAUCAGUAUUGCUUCAGGGAAUCGUAAAUGCAGACCAAAUCUUCAUAGAUGUUUUUGCCGGCGAUGGAGCAUAUCCAUUAACCGAAAAAAUUAUGGUGCCAUAUAAGGAUAACGGUCACCUAACACAAAAUCAAAAGAAUUUUAAUAAGAUUUUAAGCAGUUCACGUGUGGUCGUCGAACAAGCUUUUGGAAAACUUAUUGGAAGAUUUCGAAAAUUAAAACAUAAUAUGGAUGUAUACCAUAAAUCGUACUGUGCUAAGAUUAUCACCGCUGCAUGUUGUCUACACAAUAUUUGUAUGACAACUGGAGAUGACUUUGAUGCCGAUCCAUAUGUGUCUGAAAUAGAGAUAGGAGGUGAUCUACAUGAAGAUGGGACUAGAAGCGGAGUAUUAAAGCGUAAUACAAUUUGCAAUGCAUUGCUACUACAAGAUCACAUUUAA